AUGGACGCUUUAGAACUUUCACGGUGGACUCGCUUCGCAGCCAAGGGAGGAAUAGGAAAAUGUACAGCCAUACAAGACUGUGUUGCAGAAAGUAGUGAAGAUCUUAUGUUCUUGAAAGAUGACGAAAUAAUUGUGUUAAUGCAAAUACCAGAAAACGAGGGAGUUUAUCUAGGCUACUGUGAAGGCGUUGUAGGGAAGUUCCAUGCACAAACUGUUCACUUCCAUUCAAAACUCAAACGACCUGUAAUGACCAAGCGAAACUCAUCAGCC